UAAUCGUCUGUUGACUAGACGAGAUUCUCUCGUGGCCAGCGAAAAUAGUUCCGAGAGAUUCACUGCCGCAGUGACAAGUCUUGCCGCUUGUCUUAUCGCAUAAAUCCGAGAUGGAGGGAGAAAGGAAUUAAUUAGUAUCUGUUUUUGUGUCAUUUUUCCGAGUGCUUUCACAGAUAAGGCUUCAUUGCCAUGUGAGGCUGCCAGUUAGCGGUCAGAUUUCGAGCUGGUCAGUCGCGCGCGCGCAGCUCAAGAUUGUCCACACUCCGAAAGGGUACAGUUGAGACGGAAAGCGUUGAGCAUGUGUUGUGGAGUGUGAGAACACCAAUUACAGUGGGAACUUUAUAAUUGCCUGACACUGACCAUCAACAUCACCUUCGACACUGCAGCGCAGAUCAAUUUUUGCUAAUCGCAGUUGAUCGAGUGAUUUCGCGCGGGAAAAUGGGUGAUCACGAUGGGUCUGCCUUCGAUGGGAAUCGCGUGAAAUAUCGUCGAACAAAGAGUGUCACGCGGGCCGAGGAAAUCAUGCAGAAAGAGUCAAAGCAGCGGAAAUCACAGCCAGACAAGCCAUGCCAUCGACCACAAGACUCCCUUUUCACAUGGAGUUCGGGCUUCAACAAUUUCACAGGACUCGUGAAUUGGGGCUUCCUUCUCCUCACUAUGGGCGGCUUUCGGUUGCUACUCGAGAACUUCAUCAAGUACGGCAUCCGGAUCGAUCCGGUGCAAUGGUACAUCGUUCUGACUGGGAAGAACGAGGGCGAGGGCUUCCCAUCGUUCAUCCUAACAGUCUAUACUCUCGUGCCGAUCCUGAUCUGCCUUCUUGUGGAGAAGGGACUGGCUGUGGAAAUUGUGGCUGAAGGCUUCGGAAUGUUUAUCCAUGUAGUCAAUAUCGUAGUUCUAGUGCUCAUCCCAAUGGUUAUCAUUCACAUCCGAGGCCACAUUUUCAGUCUCAUUGGUGCUAGUUUUGUGUGCUUCGUCUACUCCAUUCUCUUCAUGAAGCUCUGGAGCUACGUUCAGGUCAACAUGUGGUGUCGUCGUGACGCAGUGUCGCCCAAAUCCACAAAGACGCGGAAGCGAACUCAGAGCAUCUCAAUAGCUCAGCUUCAGAACAACAAUCAGAAGAACGAUCUCGACAGUGUGGAUGGGAUCAAGAAGGAGACUCAUCAGCCUGAAGUCCUCGUACAGUAUCCUCAAAAUCUCCAUCUCACAGACCUUCUGUACUUUCUCCUCGCUCCCACGCUCUGCUACGAGCUGAACUUCCCCAGAACGUCACGCAUUAGAAAACGCUUUCUUCUUAAGCGCAUCCUGGAGGUGUUGAUUGGAGUGAAUGUGGUGAUGGCGCUCUUCCAACAGUGGAUGAUCCCUUCCGUGCGCAACUCUCUGACGCCCUUCUCCAACAUGGAUCUCAUCCACGCCACCGUUCGCCUCCUCAAGCUGUCCAUUCCCAAUCAUUUGGUGUGGCUAUGUUUCUUCUACCUCACCUUCCACUCCUUCCUCAACCUCCUCGGCGAGCUGCUGCAGUUCGCAGACCGCAAUUUCUACUGCGACUGGUGGAACGCCAACAGCAUCGACACGUUUUGGCGCACAUGGAACAUGCCCGUCCAUCGCUGGUGCGUGCGACACCUCUACAUCCCCGUCGUGGACCUGGGCCUGGGGCGCACGGCAGCCUCCAUCACGGUCUUCUUCAUCAGCGCCUUUUUCCACGAGUACCUGGUCAGUGUGCCACUGAGGAUGUUCAAAGUGUGGGCCUUCAUGGGUAUGAUGGCCCAGAUUCCGCUCUCAUGGGUUUCCAAUUUCGCUAGGAAGCGAUUCGGGCCGCGAUGGGGCAACACCAUCGUCUGGUCAUCGCUCAUCAUAGGACAGCCGCUAGCCAUCAUGAUGUACUACCAUGACUACGUAGUCACGCACUACAACGAUGUGCUCGUGGAGUCAACUUAAUAAUUAAUUGUAAUAAAUCGAGUUAAGUUUGUAACUGAAAACGUAGAAAAGUCACGUUUGUGUCUCCGCUUAAAAAGAGAAACAUGAGUUUCUUGAAACAAAUUUACAGUGAAAAAAUAUUAUUUCGCCAUUGGAACAUUUUUAA